UUCAGUUUGCCUUGUUGUUAGCUUUCUAUAUACUAACCGACUCAACUCAGCCACAGCCACAAAACUUCCCCAAAUCUUAAAAAUUAGGGUUUCCUCUGCAGAGAAUAAUCUCAAUCGAUCAUGCCGAAGAACAAGGGAAAGGGAGGAAAGAAUCGCAAGAGAGGUAAGAACGAAGCCGAUGACGAAAAACGAGAACUCGUUUUCAAAGAAGACGGUCAAGAAUACGCUCAGGUUCUCCGUAUGUUAGGUAACGGUCGUUGUGAAGCGAUGUGCAUCGACGGAACUAAACGUCUCUGUCAUAUCCGUGGUAAGAUGCACAAGAAAGUUUGGAUCGCCGCCGGUGAUAUCAUCCUCGUCGGACUCCGUGAUUAUCAGGAUGAUAAGGCUGACGUCAUUCUUAAAUACAUGCCUGAUGAAGCUCGUCUUCUGAAGGCUUAUGGUGAGCUUCCUGAUAAUACCAGACUUAAUGAAGGUAUUGGUGGUGGUCUUGAUGAAGAAGAUGAUGCUACUGCUAAUGAUUACAUCGAGUUUGAAGAUGAGGAUAUUGAUAAGAUUUAAAUGAACUAAUUGGUAUUUUUCUUUUUUUUUUUAAGUUCGGAUUAUAAUUUUUAUUAUAUGAUGAUGUGUAAUGUUUAGAGGUAUAUUUUUUAUGUGCUAUGGUUUUUAUGUUUUACUGUGAGAUAUUGUUAUUAUGUUAUGGUGAAUUUGAAUGGAUAAUAAUGAUACCUUGUUAUCUUUAUA